UAAUAAUUUGGUAUCCGUGUGCGUUAACGCGAAUAUAACCAUAGUAUCCGCAUACUUAUGCGUGCCUGUGACCGAGGGCAAGUGAAAUCACCAAAUUUAGCUAAUGAAUAAAAGUAAAACUGUGCAGAAAAGUUUCACGGCUCAGCAGAAAGCUAAAGCAAAAGUUAGCAAGAAAUUUCCAUUUCAACGCAGCAAACACUUCCACUUCCAGUUCCACUUCCUGCUCCACACCCACAUACACAGCCGCUUCCUGCUCCAUUACCUGCCCCACACGCCUACCGUCCCCACACACGUCCCACAGUCGAAUAGCAACGGCAGCUAAAUGACUAACUUCAUAUUCAGCUACAGCUCCAGCUCCAGCUCCAGCUCCAGCUCGAGCUCCAGCUUCAGCUUGGGCUGGCUGCUAACCACGCUCCUGCCACUGCUCUGGCUGCCAGAUGAGGCCAGCGCCCGCAUUGGCUACUUCUGGCACAUCAGCGACCUGCAUCUGGACACAUUUUACUCCACGCAGGGCGACAUAUACAAGAGCUGCUGGCAACUGCCGCACACGGCCGCCUCCCCCGCUGGCGGGCGGCAGGAGACGGCAACGGAGUCGCCGGGCCCCUUCGGCCACUACAAUUGCGACAGUCCCUGGAGCCUGGUCGAGUCGGCGGUGAAGACCAUGAAGGCCAAGCAGGGCGACAACGUGGAGUUUGUCCUGUGGACGGGCGAUGCACUCUCGCACUCCGCCCAGGCCCUCUCCGAACAGAAGCAGCUCGAAACCUUGCGCAACAUCACAGAGCUGCUGGGACGCAGCUUCUCCUCGCCCUUCAUCUUCCCAGUGCUCGGCCACGAGGACGGCAGCAGCGGCCUGCACAAGUACAAGCAAAUGGGCGAGCUCUGGCGCCACUGGCUACCCACCGACGCGCUCGUCACCUUCGAGCUGGGCGGCUACUACUCCAUCGAGCAGACCAGAAGCCGCCUACGCAUCGUCGCCCUCAACACGAACUUCAUGCGAUACGACUACGAGACGGAGGUUAAGCCGGCACACAGCUUGCGCUGGCCCGCCGAAUACGCCGUGGAGCCGAAGGCUUCGAGUCGCACCAUGUCUAUCCAGGAUCAGCUGCAGGAUCAACUGCAGGCCGAGCAGCAGUGGCUGUGGUUGGAUGAGGUGCUGGCCAAGUCCAGGGACAAACAGGAGACGGUCUACAUAGUGGGUCACAUGCCGCCGGGCGUUGAUGAGCGGAACAUGGGGCCGCAGCACAAUGGCCAGCUGAUCUUUACGGAGCGAAACAAUCAACGCUAUCUGGAGCUGGUGCGCAGAUAUGCGUCUGUCAUACAGGGCCAGUUCUUUGGGCAUCUGCACUCGGACACCUUCCGGCUGAUCUACGACGAUCAAGGCACGCCCAUCUCCUGGCUGAUGAUAGCGCCGUCGGUGGUGCCGCGCAAGGAGGGCCUCGGUGGCUCCAACAAUCCAGCAUUGCGGCUCUACAAGUUCGACACGGGCAGCGGCCAGGUGCUGGACUACACGCAGUACUUUCUCGACCUGCCGCUGGCCAAUCGCGCCCACGAGCCGCUCUGGCAGCCCGAGUACAACCUGACGCACUACUAUGCUCUGGCCGAGAUCUCGUCGAUUGCGCUGCACAACUUCGCGGAGCGCUUCACGGGCAGAGAUGCCUCCUGGUUCAGCAGAUAUCAUCGCGCCAAUGCUGUCCGAUAUCAGUCCGGCUCGCCCUGCCUGGGCCUGUGCAUGCUCAAUCACUAUUGCGCCAUCACGCGGCUGGACUACGACGAGUUCCGACUGUGCCUGGAGUCGGAGCAGCUGCCGCUGCAGAGCGGCUCAUCGCUGGCCGAACUCUGCUCUGGCUGCUUGGCCCUCGCACUGCUGCUCCUGGCACGGCAUGCAACCACCCAGCGAAUUUACAAAUGAACGAUAUACGAGUUUAGCCAGUUCAAAUGGGAAACCCAAAAAUAAAAGAAAAUAAAAGUAAAUCAAAUAAAUUUAAGCUUGAUGCAGGCGCCACUCCUCCUAAACGAAAUAAACGCGCUAUUCAAAACUCUUAACCAAUGCUGUCAGUGUAAUGUGUAAGUGUCUGUGUAUGUGUGUUUGAGUGUGAG